GGUGUAUUGUUUGUUGUAUUAAUUGAUUUUAAGUCGAUUUCGAUGUAAAGCACAACUGCUAGUUCGUGUAUGGUUUUCUGAAUGAUUUUAAGUCGAUUUUGAUUUAAUAGUUAGCUCUCAUCUAUGAUUCGAGGCUGAAUGAUACAAGGCUUACAAGUGAAAUAUCUUAAUGGGUGAUGGUCCUCGAGGAAUACAAGUCAUCCCUGAUUAUUUUGCAGCAUCAACUUCUUGUUCAGGCUCUCCUUCAACUCCAACCCAAGCAUCAUCAUCAGCCACAGAGUUGAGAUCUCAGAGUCUCACAUCAUCUCGUAGAAGAUUAAAAAGUGCCAGAUCCAUGUUGAACUUGUUUAAUUUAAGGGGACGUUUGUCUUGGAAAUUAGGCGCAAAUGGUGAGGAAAAGGUUGUAUUAAGUGCUGUGGAGGUGGAAUCUCUUCGUUCAGAAAUAGCUGAUUUAGAAGAAAGAGAAUCUCACUUUAAAGCUCAGCUGGAGCAUAUAGAUGAAAUUCUGAGAUCUGCACGUCUAUCUGGCUAUCUGUACAUGCGAAUGAGAUGGGCAGCAUUACCUGGAGAACAACCUCCCAUAGAUGAUACUGAAGUUGAUGAUUGGCUUCCACGCUUCAUUGUCCUUCAUGGAUCAUGCAUCUACCUGUAUAUGAAAGCCACUGAUUUAAGUCCGCAGGACUCCACUCUCCUACCUGAUGUUAUUGAAGUUGGUCGUCUUCCUUGCUUAACACUGGAAGAUGAAGCAACUCGAUAUUGCUUUUAUAUUUUAACCCGUCAUGGGCUGCGAUAUGAAUGCUCUAGCAAAUCCAAGAUACAAGUUGAUUCAUGGCUGGAAGCACUGCAGAUUGAUUGCAAGUUGGCACUCGAUCCUGACGAUUUGAACGAACCAAAGGUGUAACUCGGUUUAUCUUCUAUGGAUUGUCCUUGCAUAUUUCAAAACUGUACAGAGCAUCACUGAAUGAUAUUACCUUGUUGUAGCCUAUUUUAUCAUGGCUGGUAUCACUUUGUAUAAUUGUAUGUAGCUUAUUUUAUCAUGGAUCAGAGAUGAUAAACGUUUUCAUCAUGUACA